UAUGAACACUUUUGUGAAUGUCUUAAAAAGAAAUGAACACAUUUAUGAAGUUGAAAAUAAUAUUAUAAAAAUUGGAUGUGAUGAAACUAUAUGUCUCUUUAUCAAAGAAUUAUCAUACACACUUAAUUUAAGAUUUUUAUAAGAAAUAUCAUAUUUUCUGUUAUGUUUUAGAAAUUAUAUACUUAACAAUAAUCUUAUGAAUAUUGCUCAAUUAUAAUUUGGUCAUUUGAUGAAUAAUUUUAUGGAGGAAAAAAUUAAUUAGUUUAAUGAAACAUUAUUAUAAUAGUAUUAUUCAGAACUUCAAGAUUAAGAUAAGUAAAUAUUAGAUAUAUCAUAGAUUAUUAUUAAAAAGUGCUAAAAGUGAACAAUCAUGA